UGCAGCUCUUUUAAUGGAAAUGCCAAUUUUAUCAGUUAAUUAAAAAAAUAUUCAAAACAAAAAAUCUAAUUUAUCAACUAAAAUGCUUAUAAAACCAACCGCCCCAUAGACGAUGCAGUUAUUUACUCUAAUUCAGUUUGAAGAGACGAUUGAAAACGAAUAACUGUUGUAAAAGUGAGCAAAAUCGAAAUGAAGUUGCUGUUUCUGGGAAUAUUUUUGGCACUUAGUGCAGUCAAUGCAGGACCUCUGACCAAUCCUUGUAAGGAAGUUGGUUUACACGCACUCACUGAUAAUUCAGCAGAAUUUUACGCCUGCGAGCUCAAUGAAGAGGGCGAUUUUGAAAUUAAAUAUUUCAAAUGUGACAAUGAACAAGUUUUCAACCGUUACGCCGGCUCGUGUAUUCAGACAAGGGCUUUCGAUAUCGAAGCAAGAGCUACCAGCUCAGGUGGCAAUGACGAUGAAGAAAAUCCUACAAUUCCAACAACUGAGGCAACUGAUACAACUUCUACAACGAAAAGUGAUAUUGUGAGUCCUACCGUUCCGACUAGUAAGCCCACCGGCAGCACGGAUAGUGGCGACGAUACCACUGAGAACCAAGAAACAACGGUUGAUCCUGCAAGUACAGAAGAGCCCGGAACCACGGUUGAUCCUGCAACUACAGAAGAGCCCGGAACAACGGCUGAUGCUGAAACUACAGAAGAACCCGAAACAACGGCUGAACCUGUUACCACAAAAGAGCCAGAAACAACUGCUGAUGCUGAAACUACAGAAGAUCCCGAAACUACGGCUGAACCUGUCACCACAAAAGAACCAGAAACGACGGCUGAUGCUGAAACUACAGAAGAGCCCGAAACAACAGCUGAACCCGUCACCACAAAAGAACCAGAAACAACAGCUGAUGCUGAAACUACAGAAGAACCCGGAACAACGGCUGAACCUGUCACCACAAAAGAGCCAGAAACAACGGCUGAUGCUGAAACUACAGAAGAGCCAGAAACAACGGCUGAGCCUGUUACCACAAAAGAGCCAGAAACAACUGCUGAUGCUGAAACUACAGAAGAGCCCGAAACAACGGCUGAACCUGUAACCACAGAAGAGCCAGAAACAACGACUGAUGCUGAAACUACAGAAGAGCCCGAAACAACGGCUGAACCUGUGACCACAAAAGAGCCAGAAACGACGGCUGAUGCUGAAACUACAGAAGAGCCCGAAACAACAGCUGAACCCGUCACCACAAAAGAACCAGAAACAACGACUGAUGCUGAAACUACAGAAGAGCCCGACACCACGGCUGAACCUGCAACCACAGAAGAGCCAGAAACAACGACAGAUGCUGAAACUACAGAAAUAACAGAAACAACGACUGAUGCUACUUCAACAGAAACAGAAACAACCGAUACGCCAUCAAAUUCGACAACUGACACAACAGAAUCAACGGUUGAGCCUGCUACAUCGGAUAGUACAGAAUCAACAUCUACUGUUGAGCCGACUUCAACCACUGAAGAGCCAUUCGAUUGUCCUGAUACGGGUUUCUUCCCACUAACAAACUCUUGCAACAAAUUCGCUUACUGCGCCAGUGUUAAUAAUAGUAUAGUAUACGUAUUGACGACCUGCCCCGAGGGUCAGCAAUUCAAUUACUGUAAUAAUUACUGCGAUAAAAAUUUCGAUUGCAACGCUGAUGUGGAUUGCUAAGCAUCUCGAUGGAAACGCUGGUUGAAGUCAGUCAAAAAAGACUUUAGUUCUUUUCACUAUAAAGUUGUGGUUCGUGUAA